CGCCAGUGUUUACCGUCGCGCUUCCGCGGGCAGAACUCACGCCCCUCCGAGUCGCGUUCACGUGUUUGUGUUUUCGUGGGUGAGCUUUUGUGUGUGUGCGUGUAACGGUUUUCCCGCGUGCGUGACGCGGAAAACUCGACGAACGCCGCUUUUCGACCUUCAAUUUUCGUGUGUGUUGUUUGGUUUUGUGUCAAGUGGCGAAUUUACCAGUCGCAGUGGAAUUUAUUGGUAUUUCACACGGAGAAGUGUGGUGAAUUGAAAGUCGCAUCAUUAGCUUAUCAGAGUCGCGGGCUCAAAGUGCGCGGAACGAGGACCCUGUAUCCGCGAUGAUGUCAGUGUCGUCGUCAGUGUUGUGCGAGCGGGGCUCCACGCGAGUGUUUGAGUGAAGUGCGGGCCGUCGGGCAUGAUAUUGGCCGUCGCCGGUGGCGCCAUGAUCCCGCCCAGCGAACAAACCGCCCUCGACGGGGACUCGAACCCCGACCCCGAGCUCCCGAAUCGCGAUCGCGAGAUCUACUGGGACGAGCCCCGAAAAGACAAAUUUGACCGUGAUAGCCCUGUAAAACGCGAUUCAUCGUCAAAUGAGAAAGAAACGCAAGAGCAGCAGAAAAGGAGGCUCAUCAAAGUCGAUUUCUCCGUGUUAAAUGAUUCGGACAACGAUGAUGACACGGAGGAUCUGUCGGAGGACCCGCGGACGGAGGCUCCCGAAAACGAGGAGAGCUCCAAGAGCAGCGUCUGGCAUCGACGGACAGGUACUCGUACUCUCAACGCUCAAACCGCCUACCAACGAUACAUGGACUCCGCGCUAGAAUCGUACGACCUGGCAACGCAGUGCCCGAGCCGGCGGUCGAUGCGACGUCACACGAUCGUGGUGUGCGACCCGGUCAACUCCAACGGGAGCCUCUCGGUGCCCCACACGCGACCCUCCUCCUGCACCCGCAGCAACACCAACUCCCCCACUCAGGAGGACUCCCUCGCCACCAUCCUCCCCGAAAUCUCCUGGUCCCGCAGCUCCCUCCAAGAAGAUCUCCUUCAAACGAAACAAUGGCAGGAGGAGUGUUUGUCAGUUACACUCGAAGAAUUUGUUCAUAUCCGCAGUGUUUUGACAAAAGCAGAGUUAGAAAGCUUGCCAGUUGAAAAUCAUGUCAAGGAAGAUGCGGAAAAAGGAAAAGUAUGUUUCCUGUGUAUGAAGACUAGAUUUAGUAUUUUUGGUCCCUGGGGACAAAUCUGUAAACUAUGUAAGAGAAAUGUCUGUGCCAAGUGCUAUACCAAAAUGCGAAUUCCCACAGAACACUUUUCUCAUGUUCCGGUCGUAGCUUUAAGUCCUCAACUUGUCUCUCCAAAUGAAAGCAGUAAUGAUGAUUCUCUGAUGAAUCGUCUGGGUCUCCUGGAUUUGAAACCACUGAGCGUCGGAAGCGCUCCUUGCAGCCCGAAGCUCUCAAGAUCAAAUCAAACCAAGUCAGUUGACGUGGAGAAUGGACCCCAGUCUCUGCCUCCCACCAACCCAAAAUCCCUCGACAGGGAGCAAAAGACUAUUCUGAGUGGAUCAAAAACCCUGGGAAGGAAGUCAGGAAAAGCCGACAAAGUGAGAGGCCUGCAAAUGACGGUCUGCCACGACUGCAAGACGAUGGUCAUUCUCAUCAUCAAAUCCUCACGCACAAGUCGAAAUAGUCUUCUGAAACAGCUUAAAUUAGACUUGGCACUGGUUUAUUAAUUUAUGUUCCUUUUUUAAGGAGAAAAAUGAAAUGAGAACACCUCAAUUUUCCCCCACAAAGUAAGUAUCUACAAUGUCUCUGUAAAAUAUUUUAGGAGGGAAUUUUAAGAAGAUUGUACUUACCUAUUGUAUUUCAAUCAAGGAUUGAUGAUUGUUCAUACCACUACAAUUUUAAAACUAUGGUUUCAGAAGAGAAGUCUAAAAUGAUUGUCUUUGUGCUUUUGAUCUGGAAAGCAUUUAUGUAUUCUAAUUAAACGGUCCCAUUUCCUACAUGUCUUAAGUGAAAUAAUUUGUGCAGAAAUAAGUGAUUUUAAUGUACAGGUUACUUGAUUUUUAAAAGUCUAUGUCGCAUUGAAGUGAUAACUCUUUAAGUAAUGAAUUGAUAUUUUGGCUCUUUAAUAAUAGGCACAUUAAUGGCUGAAUCCUGGAAGUGCAUGAUUCAAUUAUUGUAAUGUUCAAAACUUUCUGCUCUUAUUUUAUUUUUAAAAGAAAAACAAAUGAUCUUUGUCGUUUUAAAUUUUCACACCAGAAGAGAGAAAUUAUUAAAUAAUGAGAAGUAACACUAAUUUUUUUCUAUUAAAAGAAUGACAUUCGACAGAAAAUGGGGUACUUUGCUCUCUUAAAUUUCGGCUAUUGCUGUUUUCAGGAGAGUGCAAUGGGGAGGGAAUAAAAGAGGGGUCCCUGUGAGAGGAACACCCAGUUUCAUGUACUUACUUACUAUGUUUUUUUUAAAAAAAAUUUCAAUUGGUCUCCUCAUAAACCACUUCCACUCAUUGUUUUCAAUAUUUUUCAAAUUAUUGAUUCAUUUUUAUUUUUUCUAAAAGUCAAGUGAAAGGACAGGCUCUGAAUUAAAUCAUUUCAAUAACUAUAUGUUUUCUCUUGAAAUUUUUCAUGGAAAAUUCUCUAAAAUACACAAUCAAAGGGAUCUUUUCUCAUAAAAGACAGCUCGUGAUAGGUAUUUUAUCAUCUACGAAGAGAUACUUUUGAAUUUUUUGUUGAGGUUGUCAUUAUCUGUGCUAAAUUUUCAUGAGAAGACAUAUAUUAAAGUGCCUUAAUUCAGAAAUUCUCUACAGACACUAUUUCAAAAUACAAAUCCAGAAUUUUUCAAUGAUGUUAACUGUUUGCUUACUCGCUAUGAUGUGCACCGAACACGGCAUACACGUUUUUUCAAUUUCACUGUCGAUUUCUUGUUACAUCAUGUGGAUAAUGGCGAUCUUUUCUUGAAUCAAACUUUUUUCUACAUGCACUCCUUUUUUUAAUAAUGCGAGGUUUCUUUGUUCUAUAAAUUGUAUGUUCUAAUGUAUUUUCAAAAUGAAAACAAAAUUCAAAAUAUGUAUUUAUAUUUCAAGGAGGAAGUUUUACAAGAAAAAGCUAGUUACCUGCGACUGAAUCAAUUUUGUAGAGGGUCAUAAGUAUAGUGUUCUAUCUAAAAAUUGCUUGCACAAUUUUUUUCAUAAGGUAUAUUGUAAAAAUUACAGAUGUUUUCAGAAACAGCCAUUUCCCGGAUUACAAGUCUAUAGAUAAAUUUUGCAGGUGAUUUUGAAAUAGACUUUUGUCUUCAUACAAGAGAUUGAUUAACUUUUCCAGUAAAGGAUAAAAUUAUUUUUUUUUAGGAGUUUGUUGGUUACACUCUUGGUAGGUACAUGUGAGAGUGUUUAAUUAUUGAUUAAAUAUUGAAAACAUUAUAUUGUCAAAAAAGAUGGUGCUUGUUAAUAGAGUUGUUAUUUAUGGGCAUAUUGAAAGGUAUAUUUUUAUAUUUGGCGUUUGCAAAGUCUAUACACAGAGUGAAUAUCUUUUACUAUUUUUUUAGCUGAGUAGAGAAGUGAGUAUAGUUUUUUUUACAAGGUGAUAUUGGAAAAAGUAAGUCUAGUGGGUGUCUGAAAGAGAAAAGUUAAGGAUUUUUAUCAUUAAAGACAACUGUCAAUUGGCAGAUUUUUUUUAUUUUAGCUUACCAGAUUCUUUUCUCUCUUCAUGCCCCUUUCUGAGUUUACUUUUAAAAAAAUGGCUUCAGGCAGAGGACAGCUACCUGUGAUGUAAAGCUCUCUUUUGUUCCAAAAUCUCUGAAUUACACACACCCACAUCCCACAAUUUUGUAAUUCCUCCUGUCGUUCUUCCUUUUACAUUUAUUGUGUAAUGCUUCGGCAAUUAUAAAUGUCAUUAUACUUCACCCUCGAAUUUCUACGUGUCACAUUAUUGUGUGUAACCAUAAUACUUGCUUACAGCUGUAAAGUUAACCCGAAACCAUAGUGGAAAUAAAACAUAACAUAAAAUGAAUUAUUCACAAGCUUGUAAGUGAAUGAUUUCAAAAUAUUUGCUAGAGAGUUCCUGAUUAUUUGCUGCGGAAUUCUGUACUUUCCUAAUUUGCACUGAAAUAUUAUAUGAGUGUUCUUAAAAAGUACCUACCCGUAAAAUUUGUAAAAUAUUUCUCGAGUAAUAAAACAGUCAAAACUAUACAAGAAAAAAAA